GGGAGUAUGAAUUUCUAGGUUUCUUUCUAACAACGCAUCUCGACUUGACCCUUAGUGCUUCGGGUCAACUCCAACCAUGUUCGUGGUCAAUGACAAAAUCAACAAUCUAGAUAUACAGCUUCACACUUUACAGCAGCGGAUCACGAACAGCUCAGUGAUAGAGUUUCCGGAAAAUCAUAGUGAUGCCAGCACACUCCAUAGUACAGAAUCGUUGGAGCGUCUUUCCGAAUUGCUUUCCGUGGCAUCAAAAUCAAAUCCACUUAUGUCCGCUAACAGGGUCGCGCGAUUGAUCUCGUAUUUCCCCAAGAAUCCAGCAAUAUCUUGCGGGACCUCACCAGAACUGCCUCCGCACAGAUCAGCAAUAUCAGAUCUAGCUUGGAUUGCGGCCACUAGAGCUUCCAUUCAAACAUAUGGCAUAACGCUAAAGACUCUUUCCGAGAACACGCUUGUCUUCGUUGAUGAGGCGACUUACUGGGACAGCCUUCUGGAAUCCCAGUGGUACGUAGGACUGUAUACCUUGCAGACAUCUCCCGUGUGGCUUUGGCACAGGCUCGGACGUCAAUUCUCUGCCCGGUCUUACCCCGGAGCCUGGAACCAAGCAUCUCACAUCUCGCCUUCGUGGAUUCAUCUUUAUGACUCAGCCCGUCGGUGCGUGUCGUCUAUUACGGUAUCUACCUUACGAAAGAGCUUAGUGUAUCCACUUCUUGCAUCCAAACUGCAUAUACGGCAGCAACGGAAACUACUGCAUGUGGUGAAAGACAUAAAUGCUAGCGCGCUGGGUAUCUUGAUGGAUCGAUGCUUUCAGUUUGAACUUGAUAAUGAAUUGGAAGAGUGUUAUAGCGGCGGCACUCUUAGUGACGACUGGUGCACUAAUGUUUUGAAAAGUGUGACUUGGUUGGAGUUAGUGCUUCGACAUCUGCUCGCAGGCACGCUCCAUGAUUUCGAAACAAGAAUCACGGUAACCUCUGAGGAAGAAGGUUCAUUGCUCAGCAUGCAUCUGGAUCAGAACAUGCGGUCCAGGGGACCAGAAUAUGUCAUCGAGAAACUCGAACACAUACACCGAACAUUAAUCCCGCAGUAUAAUGCGCUUACAAAGAGCAAUGACAGUGAGCUCGGGCGACCUCCGUUCAUAGUACGCUACUGGCUUGUAUUCUUCUUGGCAACCCUGUCAACCAGUACAGUUCUUGAGAUAUUCACAGCUCGUCGGCGCGAGCUUGUCAGGUUGGUUACAGAUGCCGGAUCAACGACGAUCGAAUUCUGGAACAACUGGGUUAUCGAUCCUUUGAGACGACUCGUUCGCACCAUAAGACACGAUGAAAAGAGUGAAAUUGCCUUAAUGAGCAAAAAUAGUCUGGAAGCUGAUCGCGCUAGUCUGGAAAGAAUGGUGGUGGAUUUUGUUCUAGAUCAUCGCAAGUCCAGUGAUGAGUCUCUGGUGUCUGCAGAAAUCGGCACCAUCACGGCAAAAGUCAGGGAAGGUGAUCUCACGCCGGUGUUGAGGGCAUAUGAGAAGGACCUACGAACGCCGUUUAUUGGAACCGUCCGAGGUGACUUGAUACGGACACUCCUGAUACAGAUCCAAAAGACAAAGGUAGAUGUUGAGGUUGCCAUUGGUGGCAUUGAUGCUUUACUGAAGAGUCAGGAGCUCGUGUUUGGCUUCGUCGGACUGACGCCCGGUCUAUUGGUGUCAUAUGCCUCAAUUCGUUGGCUCCUUGGCUUGUUCGGCAGUAGGAAGGGUUUGCGCAUCGGUCGGCGGCAGCAUGCAUUAAGGCACGCGCUGAGGCAAGUGCAUCGUAAUCUGACUUUAUCGACUAUGUCCACCCGCGGUACUCUCAGCUUCAAAGAUUACGGUCUGCUUAUAUGCAAUACCGAGGUCCUACUUCAGAAAGCGCAAGCUAUUCUAGGAGGUGCUGAUUUCCAUGCAUUCCGGGAAGACAUCAAGGACAUUAUCAGUAAGAACAGUGCAAAACAACAACUCAAGGUUAUUGAACGGAUGGGGUGGGUUUAUUCUCGAUGGCUGUAAAGUCACCAUAUUGUGUCUUGUACAAGCACUCAGCCAAGGGAACUAAGUCUGAGUCAACGUGGAAUUCAUCCAGGUCAAGCACCAAAGUUGCGGCGCCUUUGUGGUAAUUAUAUGGCUAAUCCGAGGUCUGGCCUUCUCUGUCAGGAUGCACCAGGCGAUCAGAAGGUGAUGAUAUCCUAUAGCUAUCAGAGGUCAUGGUUCAAGUCAAAGCCGGAGGAGGUUGUUCCGAGGAGAAGGGAGGUACUUACGGUAUGUACUGUACAGACAGAUAAUGGUGGAGGGGUUCAAGUGACGGUGACCGGCUGACCCACAUAGCAUUGUUCUGGGUAGCUGAUACUUCAUAGUACUUACUAGGAGGGCUG